AUGAGUUCCAAUAACGAAGCUGCUGAUUUCGAAUGUAACAUUUGUUUCGAUUUGGCUCAGGAACCAGUGGUCACACUCUGUGGCCAUUUAUUCUGUUGGCCAUGUCUUUACAGGUGGUUACAUCAUCGUUCUAAUCCUCAAGGAUGUCCUGUUUGCAAAACACUUGUUGAAGAACAGAAAUUGAUUCCUCUUUAUGGUAAAGGAAGAUCUGUAACUAGUCCAAGAAUGGAGAUUCCUCGUCGUCCUUCGGACUUUCAUAUAUUGUUUGCGCGCUUAGAGCAAUCGCUUUUGUCUCGUGAGUCUAUAGAAAAGCGUUUCAAGGAGUAUAUAGAUAAGCGUAUUAUGGAUAUUCAUGAGGCUGAAGAGCAGCGUUUCGAGCGGCUUCAGGAGGCUCAAGAGCAGCGUUCUAAGCGGCUUGAGCAGCGUAUCAAGGAGUGUCGCGCGAAUGAAGAGCAGCGUAUCAAGAGGUUUCGUGCGGAUGCUGAGCAGCAGAUCAAGGAGUGUCGUGCGGAGGUAGAGCAGCGUAUCAAGGGGUGUCGUGCAGAGGCGGAGCAGGGAAUCAAGGAGUGUCGUGUAAAAUAUCGCGCCGAUGCAAAAGAGCGUAUGAAGAAGUGUCGUGCGGAUUCAGAGCAGCGUAUCAAGAGGUGUCGUGCUGAGUAUCGUGCGGCGUAUCAUGCGGAAUCAGAGCAGCAUAUCAAGGAGUGUCGUGCGGAGACAGAGCUGCGUAUUAAUGAGUAUCGUGUGGAGGCUGAGCAGCGUAUUGAGGAGUGUCAUAUGGAGGCAGAGCAGCGUAUCAAGGAGUGUCGUGCGGAGUAUCUUGCUGAUGCAGAGCAGCGUAUCAAGGAGUGUCGUGCGGAGGCAGAGCAUCGUAUCAAAGAGAUUCGUGCGGAGGAAGAGCAGCGGAUAGAGGAGUGUCAUGUGGAGGCAGAUCAAUGUAUAGAGAAGUAUCAUGUGGAGGCAGAGCAGCGUAUCAAGGAGUAUCGUGAGGAGGCUGAUCAGCGUAUCAAGGAGCGUCGGGCGAAGUAUCACGCGGAGACAGCGAUCCGUUUCCCAACUCCCAAGUAA